UGACGGCCGUGCCGACAUAGUGUAGAAGACUUCCGUCUGUUCUCACUGAUAGACGACCUCCAGCUCAGUUGAAUCUUGCUUUACUGCCAUUCGAUGUCGGCCCGGAGGUGUAGUGGUGUGAUGAUGCGCAGGAAGAGCAGUGAGGGUCUGCUAGACACCGCUGACGACCUGGCCGAGAAGCUCGACUGUCUCGGCGAUAUUUUGGAAGAGAUCGACCAUAAAUAUAACGAGGCUGUUGAAGUAGAAUGUGCACAGGAAGCAGAGAGCGGCACUAACGUUCGUCUGUACAGAAGAUUGAAAGACGGUCUCGAGUCGGCGAGGACGCUGAUUGGCUGUCUAAGGCGGGAAAAAUGGCGACUGAACAGGCGGCGAAUGAGUGUUGAGCUGAGGCUUGAUGAAAUGGAGGAUUACAAGACCCAUAUCAAGAAAGAUAUGAUUUCUUUGCAGUCAAGUCUGAAUGACACAGUAGAUGUUUUGAGCUUGCGCAUUGUUCAGCUUGAGAAUGACUUAGUUGAACAACAGGAAGUUCAAGAGGAACUUGAAGCAGAGAGAGCUGAUCUUCAGAACCAAGUGAUCAGACUCGAGCUCAAAUGCAAAGAUCUGGAAGAAGACAAAAACAUUUUUCAGGACGAAAUCAGGUCAAUAAAAAGGCAGCGAUCUAAUGCAUCACUUCAACUGGAAAAUGACGAACUGCUGUCCGACAUUGAGGUGUUACGGGAGGAAAAUAAAAACCUAAAAGAAAUGAUCCGCGCCUUAGAGGACGCUAAUAACCCCAAAAAUCAAGAUGGCGGAUCAGAUGUGCACGGUUACAAAAAUUUACAAAACAUUGAGAACAAUAACAAUAAAAUACCCCUGAAAGUAUUUGGUUCCUUCUUAAUCAACGAACAAAGUGAAUCUACGAAUCUGUGAUAUGUGAGUAGUGAACAGUUUCGCGUGUGUUCGAAGUGUGAACUCAGUCAUCCGGUUCAUAAUUUCGAGCAUUCUCAACAGAAUUCUCUGCAAACACUACAGGUGAAAAUUCCCAGGGAAUACGUGGAAAGACAAAUCCCUACAUAUCAUCGUGUCCAAUAUUUGGAUGAAUUUUUUCAUGGUUUCAUUAUGCACUGUUAAUAUGGCACCAAACUAAGACAAAUAUAGCUGCUAAACCACACAGGAAACCAGCAUUCUAUUGUACAGAUUCAGUUUUGGAAAUCUACAAUAUAUAUAUAAGUAGAUAUUCACCCCGUAGAAAAUUCACUCAAUUAAACAUUGCACAAUCGUCUUUCUUUAACAAUGUUUGAAUCUGAUGUGAUUAGUGUUGGUUAUCGGUAUAACAUUUGACUAGUCAUUUUAGAUGAUUAUUUGUAUGAAAUAAAUAUUUUUUAUUGAAUGAAAUAGUCCUGAAAUCUCA